AUGGCUCACGGGAGCCUCGCGUCGCUCCUUCUCCUCCUCGCGGCUUCGGCGCAGGGUGCAGCGGCAUUCGGUGGCAAGAGCGCGACGGGCGGACGGAGCGUCGUGCCCAACAGCUACAUCCUGCAGGUCAACGCGUCUGCACCAGCUCUCACCAAGCGCGGCGUCUCCGUCUUCGAGGCGCUUGACCACACGCUCGCCGCUGUGAAGCAGAAUGGCGUCAAGUACACCGUGCGACAGCGCUUCGAUGCGAUUCCUGAGGCUUUCCAAGCCGUCAGCAUUCAGGUUGAGGACGGCGCCUCGAUGGCAGAGCUGGCGCAGAUUCCCGGGGUUCAGCGCGUCUGGCCCGUCUCGUUGAUCCCAAGACCUGUCGAACCGACCGUCUCCGACUUCACACCCGUCUCUUCCUCCUCCUCUUCGACCAAGUCGAAGCGAGACACCCACACACUCGAAAAGCGCGGCACGAACUUCCCUCCUGCAUCUGCCUACCUGAACGACACUUUCUACCCUCAUGUUCAGACGGGCAUCGACGUCUUGCACAACAAGGGCAUCCUCGGCCAGGGAGUCAAGAUCGUCGUCGUGGACGAAGGAGUCGACUACACCAACCCCAUCCUCGGCGGCUGCUUCGGCCCAGGUUGCCAAAUCUCUUUCGGCUACGACUUUGUGGGCGACAACUACACCGGCACGAACGCGCCUGUGCCCGACUCGGACCCGUUCUCGUCCUGCUCGAACCAUGGAACGCACACGACCGGUACGGUCGGAGCGCUUGCGAAUGAGUAUGGCUUCUCGGGCGCCGCACCGAUGGCGACCAUCGGUCACUACCGAGUCAUCAGCUGCUCGGGCGCCACGACCGACGAAAUCCUCGUCGCCGCUCUCACACGUGCCCUGCAGGACAACGUUAACAUCGUCUCGAUGUCGCUCGGUAGUUCCGUCGGCUGGCUCGACGACUCGCCCGUGCAGAUCAUGGCCAGCUACCUCGGUAGCAAGGGCAUUCAUGUCGUCGCUUCGGUCGGGAACGAGCGCAACGAGGGCUUGUUCGCUGCGGACCAGCCGGCCGCAAGCAGAAUCGGCACGGGAGUCGGCGGCGUCGACCCGACAUACCUCGCCGCCUACUACGCAUACCUCAUCAAGCGUGACCCCGUCCCUUACAUCUCCCCGACGCCCUUCAACCUCCCGAACAACUACCUGCUCUACUUCACCUCGACCAACACGAGUGUCACGAAUGACGCCUGCAACCCGCUUCCCUCGACCACGCCGAACCUCGCGAACCGCGUUGUUGUCGUACAGAGGGGAACCUGCGGCUUUACGGUGAAGCAGCAGAACGUUGCGGCCGCAGGCGGCAAGAUCGUCCUCAUCUACAAUAGCAAGGGUUCGGGAUUGAUCCCCCAGCUCGACGUUGGCUCGACCGGCUUGACGGCUGUCGGAAGUCUGCGCUACGAAGACGGCUUGAAGUUACUGUCGUACUACCAGUCCUCGCCGCGCGGCCAGAGCAUCUCCUUCCCGAACGGCCCGCUCGCUCCUUACGUCUCGAACACCGUCAGCGGUGGAGUCGUCGCCUCCUACUCGAACUUCGGCCCGACGAACGAGCUCUUCAUCUACCCGACUCUCGCCGCGCCCGGUACCGACAUCUUGUCGACCGUUACUGGCGGCGUUGCCUUGAUGCGCGGCACGAGUAUGGCGGCUCCUCUCGUCGCCGGGGCGUACGCACUGCUCUUGAGCGUCGGUAACAACCUGAAACUCUCACCCGAAGAAGCCAGGACGAUCCUCAUGAGCACGAGUCAGCCCUCUCCCGUCGCCUACGGCUCGGAAACGCUUGACACGGUCGUUUCGCAGGGCGCAGGCGUGAUCAACAUGACGGCCGCCAUUGCCGCGCACACCGUUAUCAGCCCUGCGCAAUUCAACCUGAACGACACGCAGUACUCGAAUAACACGCAGACCCUGACGCUUCGCAACAACAAUCGCUUCCCCGUCUCGUACCAGCUCUCUUGGGUCGACUCGACAGGAAUCGUCACAUACAACGACGGCGCGACGACCGACAUCAUCCCUUCGACGACCCCCAACUACGUCUCGACUUCUGUCCUUCGCGUCGCCUUCUCCCAGCGCACCGUCACCGUUCCCGGCGGACAGACCGUCAAGGUCACGGCGCAGUUCAUCCCGCCGAACUUGACAGCUCAGCAGCGCAACCAGUUCCCUAUUUACUCCGGAUUCGUCACUAUCACGGGCCAAGGACAAGGUGCUGGGGCUGAGCAGAUGGAGAAGUACAACCUCCCCUUCUUCGGCCUUGGCGCUCGCAUGGUCGACAUGCCCGUGCUUGACACGACGAACGUCGCGCUCGGCCCGAACCUGCCGUUCAUCGCUGUUGGGCAGAACAUCCAGACGGGUCCGACGACGUUCUCCGAAUCGAACCCUGCGGUCGUCUACUUCCGCCUCGCAGCCGGGACCCGCCGACUCAGGGUCGACCUCGUCGACGCGAGCACCUCCUACAACGCUACCGUUCCCGCCGUGACGAACCCGGCUAGCCGACUCGUCAAGCGCUCGAACACGGAGCUCACGCCGCGUGCAGCCUUCCCUACCCUCUACAGCCAGGUCCGCACGGUCGGCUCGCUGUUCGCCCCUUCCUACUGGCCGCCUCGCGACUACCUCUUCAACAACGGUGGCACCUACUCGGAUUACGAGAUCCAGCUGGACGGGUCGUUCACCUUCCCCAACGGCACGAAGGGCAUGGCAGAGCUUGGCAGGAGCUACAAGGUCCUGCUCCGCGCGCUGAAGAUCACGGCCGACCCGACGUACACGUCGUCGUACGAGUCGUGGCUCAGCCCCUCGUUCACCUUCACCGCUUAG